GUCUGAGCCAAUCAAGGGGACGUUUAGUAUUCGAUGUCUCGAAAUUGAUCGUACGUAACUGUAACUACCAAACACGAUUAUUUGGCAAAUGGUUUUGAAUUUUUUUAAUAAAAAUCUACGACUCGAUCGUCGUUCGUGCUUUGUGGAAUUCGAUACUCGUAUCGUCGCACUUUCUGAUCGGUCUCGUCGUAGUGUUAGUGACACGUUAAUCGCAAACCAUCACGAGUGAUAACAAGUUCUUAGUUAAUCAACAAAAAUGGCCGAUGAAGAUUCAGGUUGGAUGUUGGAUGAUGACAGCAGUCCGGCAGCUGCAGUUGAAAGUGCCAGUGCUGCCGAUACGGCGGCUCCAGCUAGCGGACAAGUUGAAGAUUGGCUUGCAUCAAAUGUCACAGCCGGGCCACCGGUUCCUAAUCCUUACGCCCACGUUUUAAGAGUACCUCAUAAGGAACGUGAAUAUAUGCACUGGGCUAGGAGUAAACAUUUGCAAUAUAGAUAUUUGAACGAAUAUUCCGAAGUUUACUACGACGAUUGUAUCGAUUACAUGGAUAAGCGAAGAAAGGGAGUACAACGUGACCCUCCUAGACCCCAAGAAUGGGCUGAACGAUCUCUGAGAUUGUACGCUAAGGAACCACGAUUAUCAGCCAAUGAUGUUGCGUAUUGGUAUACCACGAAGAAUAACGUGAAACCUAUGUGCAAUAUUGUCCACGCAGUUCAUUCGAAGAGAUAUUACGAUAGCCAGUAUAAAAACAUCAUGUGCUAGAUAAUUAAAAGAUUGCAUCGUAAAAGUGAUCCCAAUACACGUUGACGUUACCUACUUAGAAUUUUUCGUCAUCAUUUAGGCUACCGAACCAACCGAACAUCAUCGUUACCUAUUUCACUUCGCACGUGGAGUUUCAUUUGUUUAUAAAUUUCAACUACCGAAUAAAUUAUUAGUACUGUAGAA